AUGGUGAACAUGCAUUUCCUCAAGAAACACGAAGACCACGUGGAGAAACCCGGCCAUGCCCACAAUGCAGCGGCAACGGGACAACGAAUUACCUUCCUGGCAUGCUUCCUUGGCCUGGUUGCCAGUAUAGGAGGCUUCAUGUUUGGCUAUGUCAGUGGUCAAAUAUCCGGCUUCUUCGCCAUGGAGGACUUCCAAAGACGAUUCGGCGAGGGAAACGAUGCUAGUGGAUACACAUUCAGUGCUGCCAGACAAGGCACAAUCGUCGGUCUACUACCGGUAGGCUGCCUAUUUGGCUCAUUUAUAGCUGGUGAGAUUGCCGACUAUCUUGGUCGCCGUCUCGCCAUAUCCGUCUCGGCUCUAUUCUCCAUCGUCGGCACUAUCAUCGAGGUGUCGUCAAAUACCGUUUGGGUACAGUUCGCUAUGGGCCGUUUCGUCACCGGUAUUGCCAUUGGAUCUCUUUCUGUUCUCGUCCCCAUGUACCAGUCCGAGAGCAGCCCAGCUAUCAUCCGAGGUGUUCUCGUCUCUACCUACCAGCUCUUCAUCACCCUCGGUAUCUGGACAUCUGAGAUGGUGAAUUGGGGAACCGAGGACAAGUAUGCCGAUAGUGCUUCCUGGCGGAUCCCGAACGGUCUCUCGUUCUUGUGGCCCCUGAUCCUUGGUGUGGGCAUCCUCUUCCUCCCGGAAAGCCCUCGGCAUGCCUACCGUAAGGGGCGAGUCGACGAGGCGCGUCGCACUAUUGCCAGGCUUGCUGGUGUGGAUGAGAACGACCGGACCGUCAGCGACCAGAUCGCUCAGAUCAGAGCUAAGGUCGAGGAGGAGAAGGCAGGCGAGAAGACGAGCUGGUCAGAGAUCUUCACUGGACCACGCAUGCUCUAUCGAACUCUGCUCGGCAUCACGCUGCAAGCUGGUCAACAGCUGACUGGUGCAAACUUCUUCUUCUACUACGGAACUACUGUCUUCUCUGCCACCGGUCUCAGCAACAGCUUCGUGACGCAGAUCAUCCUUGGCUCCGUCAACGUCUUCUGCACGUUUGGUGGUCUUUGGGUUGCUCAGAAGUGCGGUCGUAGAAAGGCUCUCAUGGCGGGAGCAGCGUGGAUGAUGGGAUGCUUCUUCGUAUACGCCUUUGUCGGUCACUACGCACUCGAUCAGGAGAACCCGAUGAACACUCCCAAGGCAGGGUCUGCUCUGAUCGUCUUCUCAUGUCUGUUCAUUGCUGCAUUCGCUAGCACCUGGGGCCCUCUUGUGUGGGCUGCUGUUGCCGAGCUUUACCCUGCCCAGUACCGUGCUCCAUGCAUGGCCCUCGCUACCGCUUCCAACUGGUUCUGGAACUUCAUGAUUUCUUUCUUCACUCGGUUCAUCACGGACGCCAUCGACUAUUUCUACGGAUUUGUCUUCGCUGGCUGCUGUGCGGCAUUGUUCUUCAUCGUCUACUUCUUCCUCAUUGAGUCCAAAGACCGAAGUCUUGAGGAGAUCGAUACCAUGUACAUCCUCCAUGUUAACCCUAUCACAUCGAGCAAAUGGGACGGCAGUCAGGUGCCCAAGAGUAUGGGUGAAGGUGCUGUCGUAGACAGCAGUGAAGGGGAGGGACACGAGGAUGUGUGA